ACUGCAACUGCUCCAAAAAAAAAAAAAAAAAAAAAAACCCACACACUUCUCCCUUUCUUUACAUGAACUCUUGACUCUUUAACAACUGGAAACCAUGUAAUUAUUCACAGAUAAUACGGUGAAUGCACUACCAGCACGAUCACGCGAGGUCUAGUUUAAACGCCAACAAUCACAGCUUACCUUAUUAUCCACAUGCCAGAACUAGGAUAAUGUUCUUAAGUCAAUCAUGACCUCAUUGUCAUCAUCAUCAUCUCAGUUAACGGAGUCAAGCUCUUCAUGCAGGACUCUUCCAGGGGAAGGAACUCAGGUCCACCCUAAAGCUCCGCUACUGCAGAUCCUGAGAGUAGCAGGUGCUCAGGAGGAGUUGUUUACCCUAAAAGAGGUCAUGCACUACCUGGGUCAGUACAUCAUGAUGAAGCAGCUGUAUGACAAACAGAGACAGCACAUCGUCCACUGUCAAGAUGACCCACUCGGAGAGCUACUGGAAGUAGGGAGCUUUUCUGUUAAGAACCCCAGUCCUGUAUAUGAGAUGUUGAAGAGGAAUUUAUUUAUUUUGAACAAUUCGGUAGCCCCCUCGAACUUUGUCAUUGUAUUACCAGAUGCGGCAAAGAAUCUUUCAGUCGGCAAGGAUUCUAAUGAGUCUCCAAGUGAAGAUCCUGGUCAGGUUUCCAGUGUUUUGAUUAGCUCUGGACAAGCUCUCAUUGCUGGUAGUUCCAGCACUGGUGCAACGCAGAGCUGCUCACAACGCAGGCCACGUGAUCCUGAUGAAGACUCCUCAGAGGGCUUGCCUAGGUCUGCUUGCAAACGGCCAAAGCUGGAUGUUACUCUGGAAGAGUGGGACCUUUCUGGGUUGCCCUGGUGGUUUCUGGGUAACCUACGAAGUAAUUACAAUCGCCGGAGCAAUGGUUCAACAGAUAUUCACACCAAUCAACUCUCUCCUGGACAGGACGAGGAUACGGCAAUUGUUUCUGACACCACAGAUGAUCUUUGGUUCCUGAACGAAGCAGAGAGUGAGCAAGUGAGUGUGGAGAUGGAGGCAGUGCUGGAGCAGGGAAGUGACGCAGACUCUCCACAUGAAGAAGAGGAGACUGGGAAAGAUAGUAAAGAUGACAGGAAGAUGCAAGAAGAUCAGGAUGAUGAUUCUCAGUGUUUAAGUGAUGACACUGAUACUGAGAUCUCCACACAGGAUGCGUGGCAGUGUUCAGAGUGCCGCAAAUUUAACACCCCUCUUCAACGGUACUGUAUGCGCUGUUGGGCUCUGCGGAAAGACUGGUACAAGGACUCUCCUCGUCUUGUACACUCCAUCUCCGUGCCAGACAUCCCCGCCUGCAGUUCACGUCCUGAUCGGGAUGAAGACGAGGAGGAGGAGGAUGAUGGAAUCGACAUGCCUGACUGCCUUAGGACUGUGUCUGACCCAGUCGUCCUCCCCUCACACCACGUCUCUAGAAACAUCCCCCCAUCAUCUGCUUCUUCGUCUAAAGGAAAGGGUCCUUCUCAACUUCACCACCACUUACAGGAGAGCUCAGAGGGAGACAGCCAGGACACGCUGGACAUGGAGACGGAAUGCCAACCGGAGGCCAUACUGGAACCCUGCAAGCUGUGCCGAGUCCGGCCCCGAAACGGCAACAUCAUCCACGGCCGCACAGCUCACUUGAUCACCUGUUUCCCCUGUGCCCGCAAGCUGCACAAAUUUCAUGCUCCUUGCCCAGGCUGUGGCCAGGUUAUACAGAAGGUCAUUAAAACCUUCAUAGCAUGACCAAAGCAUCUUAAAAGCAUGUAUUAUAAAUGCACACUCAUAUAUUAGUUUUAAAAAAAUGUUUCCUUGUACAUAUACAGAAGAAGGCAGGGAAAUUGACAAACCAUUUCUGGGCUAAAAUGAAAGCACAGUGUUAUCAGUGUAAUAGUACAGUGUAUCUGUGAUGAUUUAUAUUGCAUUACAAAUCAAGUAUAAAUAAUGUACAGAAUGUAAUUUAAAGAAAGUGGGCUCGUAUUGAUGGUUUGCCGUUAUUUUGUUAGCAUAACAAAUUUCUUUGCAUCUGCUUUCUGUCAUGUGAAGGAGUAAUAAUAGACCCAGAAGAAUCGCAUCGCUUUAGUAUUUGUGCCUCCAUAAACAAUUAAAAUCCUAACUUUUACUAUUUUAAACAGA